AUGAAACUUCUGUAUGAGUUGACGCUUGACGUUUUACGUGGUAACAUGAAUGCUCACCUGGAAUGCAAUCCUGUGCUGAGGGAUGUGUUCGAUUUGGGCCCAGUGAUCAGCCAGUGCUCGGUCAAAAUGAGCAAACUGCAACGGGUUGCCAUGCAAAAUGCGGCCAGCAAGAAAAGAAAUCAACAAAGGCAGAAGCAAAGAUACAAACGAAUGGUAAUCGACUGA